CUUUUAUUUUCUUUUAUGAAAAUCCUUAAAAUAAUUUGAAUCUUUACAAUUUUAACAAGAGCUUUUAAACUCUGAUAAAAUUAAAAUAUAUUUUCGAUUUUACAGAGAACUUUAUCCUUGCUUUAUUUUGUUCUUUUUGUCUUUCAAUGGCUCUUGGAUAAAUCUUGCUUUCAAUUACUAAAUUAAUUGUUUUUUAUUCUCAAUAUAAAGUUAAUGGAAAUUGAUGAACAAUUCAUAAAUCCCCAAUUAAUCAAUCAAUCAAGAAGCAAUAAGAUCUUUAUCAACAUUUUAAUCUUGUGAUGAUUGUCGAUUAAACAAAAAAAAAAGAGAAAGAAAGAAAGUAUUUACCUACAUAUUGGUAUGUGAGAACAGUUGGGGGAGUGUAAAAGAAAUUUUAUUGAAUAUUCCGUCAAUUUUUUUUAACCUGUAAUUGUCCUCACGAUAAGACAAUUGGUCAAUAAAGUUUAUGAAAGAGAUAACAACUUGGCAGUUUUUUUUCUUCUUUUUUUAUCGUAAUCGAACCCCAUGGAAAAUGUUGAUAAACGUGUCAGUUUGUCUUCAACACUUCAACUAGUAUCGUGUGAAUUUUCAAAGGCUCAACAACCAUUUCUUUCCAUUUAUAUUUUAAUAAAGAAAAUCUCCUGCUCCUUCAUUUUUUUCUUCUUUCCCAAAGAAAUAAUCAACAAAAUAAAAUAUCAAAAAAUGUUCUUAUAUUAAUUAAACAACAAAUAAGUUUGAUAAGAUGUGAAUGAAAAUGUGUUUAAAAAAAAUGUGAAGAAAGUUCCUUUUUUGUCGUGAAUUUCCCAACCCCCAAAAGUUGGAUAAAAGGGGAGAAAAAAGUUCUUUUUUCUUGUGUGUGUGGGGGCAAAGAAAAUCUUUUAAAAAGAAAAUGGGAAAAGCCAGUUCAAAAGCACAACUACCAAAUAAUCCAGUUGAUCAGCAAAUUUUCAAGCAAAAUCGCCUCCGGAAGCGACUACGUGACGAAGAGAAGCAAAAAGUGAAGGCAGAAAAGAAGAGACGAAAAGAAUUGAAGAAAAAUGAAAAGAAGAAGAAAAAGAAAAAGAAAGAACACACGGAUAAAUUAAAGGAUCUACAAACACCUCAUCCUCCGGCCAUUCUACCAGGAAAGAAAUUUAUUGCAACACCCCCAAAUGGAGAAAAUCAAGAGAAGGAUCAUGUCAAGGAGAUGCAGAAACAAUUGAACCUUCACAGUGAAACCUUCGUGUUGAAUCAAAUUCUUUUUUCAAUUCAAUUUCUGGGAAAUUUUGAAAGAGAACUCACAGAGGCUAAAGAGAGCAUAAGUCAAUUGGAAAAUAAUAAAACAUCCGAUCUUUGUCAACACAGCAAAGUCGUUAUAAUGCCGAAUGUUUUGAGUGAUGCUGUUGAUCAGAGAAUUAUCUAUGUACCAAAGCAUGGCCCUCAAAAGAAAAUCUACACCAGACUCAAUACGCGAACCCUUUACAUCGUUCAUGACAACAUUGAAAUAACAAAUCCAGGUGUGACCUCACCGUAUAGUCACAUAACAAACACCCCAAUCUACAAGAUGGAAUUAGAUGAAUCAAAGGGGAAUGAACUGGAACAACCUGUGAGACAUGCCGGGUUUGUUCGUAUAAAAUGUUCCGAACCAUUUGAAAAGGUGACAUCAAAUAGUAAUAAUAAUAAUAAUAUUACAAAACCCACAAUUGUAAAGCCUGAAAGUAUUUCACCCCGGAAAUCCCUCUCAAGUACAUGUAGUGAGAGCGAAAUGGAAGUUAGCGAUAAUUCCGUGGAUGGUUCACUCAAGAUACGUCAUGAUACGUAUCAGAUGAUGAAUCGCAAAAUUCCACGUGAUAGCUUUUUGUGUUUACCCCCGACAAUGACCAAAUCUAAUGGGGCACUUCCUGGGCAUUCUUCCAAUACUCCAUCUGCAAGUACCUCACCACCGAGUAGUGAGUAUGACUAUGCAUACAUAACGGCCUUGCAUACACAUCGACCACUAUGUACAAUGCGUAGUAGUAGUUUAUCCGAUAUACCAAUUAGUACGGUGGCACUACCAACAUCCUGCAUUACGGACAUUGCUGUUGUGCUCAAGAGUACUGAACCAUCAUCAUCAUCAGGUGGACGGUAUAUGAUGGAUGAUAAACGUUCGAGUGCUUCGACGGAAAUUGAGGAGGAGGAUCUGUAUGAAGUGCGUCAAUAUCUCAAUUCAAAAGCCUUCAUGUGCUACUUCCUUCAUACCUUCCAGGAGCAAUUGGCCACGAAUCUCAUGAUAACGCACGAACAAUUGUGCGCCGCCACGUGGAAGGGUGCAGUGAUAUACAGUCAAAUGGAUGAGUAUAAUUGGGAAAUUAUUCCCGCCAUCCCAUGCCCAUGGCCCGCAGAGGCACUUGAGUGGCGCAAUCGUGUCCGUGGCAUGCAGGAGAAUCCACUUAAUCACAAUCGCAGCAUCUGGCCAACGGAGGAGAUGAUUAAUAAAGUAAUAAGUAUGGACUGUCAUGUCAUACCCAUUGGAUACAUGCCGAAAGUCGGACAAAAUCCCCAACGUGAAUUGGAGUGGAAAGUUGUGUUCCCAAAUGCUGAACGCUACUUGGAGAAUUUGCUAUCAACCACCCAAGUGAAGAUCUACAUGAUGACGAAAAUACUGAUAAAAUGCUACGUUGAGCCACACAUUGACAAAAAUUUGAACAUGUUCACCACUGAACAUUUGCGUGCCCAUCUCUUUUGGCAAUGCGAAAAUACGGGUAUUUGGUCGGAAUAUUGUCUCGGUGAGACUCUAAUGAAUUUCCUCAAAUCCCUCCUGAAUCGCAUUAAAACCCAACGAUUGCCCGAUUAUUUUAUACCACGACGAAAUCUUCUCGAAAAUAUUCCACAAAAAAUUCUCGUUGAACUACAUAAGAGAAUUUUUCGCAUAACCGAAAAUCCCGUUAUGUAUGUAAUAAGAGCCAUGCGUAAUGUGAGAUUCUCCAAAAAUUUCUAUCCACGCUUCAACUACAAACAACUCUAUAAAUGCCUCAUUGUUGAGGAUCCAGUUGUGAUUCUCAUGAAGACCGAAAGCCCCCAAGAAAUACGAAAUAACCCAAAAAAGUUUGAAUUUCAGCAACAAUUUUUGGAGGCGGCAGCAAAGAAAUCCGCAAUGGGUGAUGGUGAUAGUGAUGGUGAUAAUUCAGCAGAUGAUAGUAAUACAUUGGGACAAAGUCCAAUGGAGGAGUACUACAAGAAAUUAAAUAAUGAUCCCGAUAGGAGACGAAGGACAAAGUUAGUUAAAUUUGAACACAAGAGAACUCUUGAAAAUAUUGAGAGGAACAAGAGGAAACCAUCAACGGAAACAAUUGAUAUUGAUUUCAUCAUUCAGCGCAAUAUGAUUAACAUAAGGCGCAAUGUAGUGCUGAAACUCUUCAUUGGUCACUACAUCCAAAUGGCAAGGGCAUCAAUGGACUUUAGGAGCUUCACCUUGGGCAAAUUGUACCUCAAACAUGCUCAACAACUCUCGAAACUCUUCUACAUGGAAGGCUAUGAAUUUGACGGUGAUGAAUAUUCACGGAAAAUUGAUGCUGUUCAAAAGCAACUUGAACGGGCGAGCAUUGAAGCGAGUUCAUUGGAAAAUCACAACGGUCCAGCUCUACCAUGUCGUGAAAAUACAUUCAAUUCAAGCAAAAAGAAUCGUAUUCGUCUCCCAAUUCACAUUGAAAUGGCCACAGAAGAAAAUUCCGAAGCAAAUCGCUACAAAAAUGUAACUUCUUCUCCCAUUUCUCCGGCAACAUUUGAUGAAUCAAACAGGAGUGAUUGGAGAGAAGGAGGACAGUUUGUAUUUUCUGCUGCCACAACGAAAUCUGUCUGGAAAAAUGGCUACAAGAGUCCCACUUCAGCUACUCCCGAAGAAGAGGAAGUAGCUGUUACUGUUGCAGAAGUUCACAGACCAAGUAAUGUUGAUUCUCAGCAACAACAAAAACGUUCAACCAUUUCCCAAUAUUCUCAACAACAUUCUCUUUCAAAUGGCAAAUUGAAGAAUUUGUCGUCAAAGAGAAAGGAAAGAAAGACAAAUGGAUAUGAUGAAAUUAGCGUUCUAACAAGUGAAGAAAUACAAAUAGAUACAAACGGACAAACAGACAAUUUAACAAACGCAAAUUUAGCUGCAAUUUUAGGAAAUUUAUGAAAUUACUGUGAUUAAAAUAUUCUUUGUUGUAAAAAUAUUUCUUUUUGCCUAAAUUCACACGAUACUAAAUUAAAAGAAAUAAAUAUUUUAAGAAAAAAAAAAGAAA